GUCUGUCAGAACUCAAAGUUUAACUCACAGACUGUCGGACCGACUCUGUUCAGCACGGCAGACUACAGUGUGUGUGGUGUCGCAGCAUUGGGGCUGGCCUCCCACCGUCAUGGAAGGCGCAGCCGUCGUCUGCGCGAGAAAUGCUGCAAGUGCAUUGAGACCGAUUCGGCAAAACUCCCUCAUCGCAGAACCUUCUAUGAUACCAGAACUCCCUUUCUGUCCCGGCUGUCUGAUGCGAAGGCCCGGGCAACCACUUCAAUUGAGAAGGCCCCCAAACCAUCUUGCUUCAAGACCUCAAAAGAAAAAAUCCAGGAAAGCAUUACGAGCUGCUUCGAAUGAAGCACUCAAUGAAGCACGUGGUGUUGCUUCACGACCGAAGGUUCUUGAGCGGAAGCAGGGACUUAGGAACGCAACACUUGCUGUAACAUUCAGUCUUGAUCGGCGAAAGGUCGACGUACGGGAGCUGAGUUUCCUGCUGGCGGCCGGGGGUUUGUCGACGGGGCUCCUGGACAAGGAGAUGAGCGCCACUAGGUGGAACCUGGAGAAGCUGCAGCGAGCAGUGGACUACAGCACAUCGGUGAUUGCCGCUUUCACCCGUGACCACUUGAAAGACGACUACAUGCCCCAGCGGCUUGCUCCAAGCCCCGCCCAAAGCAGCCUGUUCACAGCGUUGGCCGACCAAACGGGGGGUGGCUUUUCGGACUGGUGGGACGACCAACAAACGCGAUUCCUGGGGCCAGCCAAGCUGGUGGGCUUUGCAAGGACGACGUCGGACUGCUCCCUGGUGGGCGCAGUCCACGACAUUGCAGUGGCUCCUUGCGCGCGUGGGCAGGGCAUCGGGAAGAAACUGGUGAAGGUGGCGGUCAGGGAGCUGACUAAGCGGGGCAUCGACGAUAUUGCCAUUCUGUCGAACUCGGACCUGAGGCCUUUCUUCGAGGACUGCGGCUUUGGGCCAGAUCAGAUGGAGUCUACUUUCAUGUUCUAUACCUCGUCAAGGAUCCCUCCUUCUCUGCAAUAUCCUUAUCCAGUAAAACGACCUGCGGAGCUCUUCCAAUUACAGCGGACACAUCACAACCAUUAUCUAGAGUAG